CCCACUCUAUUCUAAUGCAUAGCAUUUUUGUUAAGAGUAAUUACCUUCAAAUGGCUAGCUUCCAUGCCGGAUUUGUUUGCCUCCUGGCACUUGGGUUCUGCAUGGUGCAGCCGAACUUGGCCACAGUUCACACCGUCGGAGAUACUUCCGGCUGGUCCCUUGGCGUUGAUUAUGGCACAUGGGCCUCUGGGAAGGCCUUUGUCAUCGGCGACAAACUUGCGUUCAGCUAUGGAGAAGGGCACACAGUGGACGAAGUUACCGCCAGUGACUACAAAGCAUGCACGGCUGGAAACUCCAUAACUUCCGAUAGUUCAGGCUCCACCACCAUCACCUUAAAAACUGCCGGAACCCACUACUUCAUUUGCAGCUCCAUGGGGCAUUGCGACGGCGGCAUGAAACUCUCCGUCACAGUCGGCGCCGGAGGACCGUCCACUUCUCCAUCGUCAGGGGACGACAGCUCCACCACUCCAGCGUCACCGGCAAGGGACACCCCUUCAGUCACCGGAGCCACGCCGGCGACCACCACGCCUACAAAGCAGCUUCCAGCAGGUUCGUCGAAUUCAGGGUCGUCUGUUCUCCCGAAUUUCUACGUGUCAAUUUUGGCAAUUUUGGUAGGUUCGUGGGUGUUGGCUUCAGGCUAUUAAGAAAUUGAGUUUAUAUAUGAAUUUGGCGGAGAGACUUGAGAUAUGUUUUUAUGUGAUUAUACGCCGUCGUUUUGAUUCGCGUUUUCAUUUGUUCUUAUUGAGGUGGUCGGUUGGUUUAUUUUUCACUUGUAAGAAUUUUUAAAUUAA